UCUGUUUCCCCGAGUUUUUGCUUAUUCUGUGAACUCUGUAUCACUAGCUGUUUCCUUGGUAUUGGUACAUUCCGCAUGUCCCUUGUAAGUCUGGGGUACUACUACUACUACUACUAAACCUGAUCUGAUCUGAUUCUGCAUACCUACUACUGAGGAGCUUCCUGGCGCCUGGCGGUCUCUGAGAUUUCUAUCUUUAUUACUCGGGCGGCCUUCUUCCUCUUCAACCUAUAUGUAACAGUUCCCUAGGUUCAUUCUGAUCACCAACAAGAAUGGCUUCGUUGAGAUCUGCUGCUCGGCCUAUGCCGAUUGUCCGGCCUCUUAGUUCGAUCCUCAGGGCUCGAACGGCACCCCUGCAGAUACUUUCACUACCCUCGUGCGACGCGGGCAGGGCUCACUUUCCAUCUCCACAUUCAAUCCGCCACAGCUCGCACUCCCCGCUCGGGGCAACCCCUGUCAAUCCUCGAAAGAAAGUCACCAUGCAAACCUUGCGGAACCUCUACCAAAAAGGCGAGCCAAUCACGAUGCUCACCGCGCACGACUUUCCCAGUGCAUAUGUUGCUGAAUCUGCAGGAAUGGAAAUGAUACUUGUCGGAGAUAGCCUGGCGAUGGUUGCUCUGGGAAUGCAGGACACGAGCGAAGUAUUGCUGGAGGAAAUGCUGCUGCACUGUCGAAGCGUAGCUCGAGCAGCCCAGAACUCAUUCACGGUCGGCGAUCUUCCAAUGGGCUCCUAUGAGGUGUCUCCCGAACAGGCCGUGCAAUCGGCAAUCCGCAUCGUAAAGGAGGGCCGUGUGCAGGCAGUGAAGCUAGAGGGUGGAGAGGAGAUGGUUGCAACCAUCAAGCGCAUCACAACUGCCGGUAUCCCGGUAGUAGCCCACGUUGGUCUCACACCCCAGCGCCAGAACGCCCUUGGAGGUUUCAGAGUCCAAGGAAAGUCAACAACAGGUGCAUUGAAGUUGUUGAAAGAUGCUCUUGCGGUACAGGAGGCUGGUGCCUUUAUGGUUGUCCUCGAGGCUGUCCCUGCGGAGGUUGCUAGCAUCAUUACCAAGAAGCUUCGCAUACCGACGAUCGGCAUUGGAGCUGGUAACGGCUGCUCCGGACAAGUUCUAGUCCAGAUCGAUAUGACUGGGAAUUUCCCACCCGGUCGAUUCCUUCCCAAGUUCGUUAAACAAUACGCCAACGUCUGGAACGAGGCAAGAAAGGGAAUCGAGAAAUACCGCGAUGAAGUGAAAAACAGGGCAUACCCUUCCGAGGAAUACACUUAUCCCAUGUCGAAGGAAGAGCUGAUUGAAUUCCAGAAAGUCCUUGAUGAGAUGCCUAGAGAUUGAGUGUUUUGCUCGCCUCUUGGCCAGCAACUAUAUUUGCAAUACCCCAUUACCUCAUGUAAAGCGCCAUAAAAUAAACUCUUUUUGCACAGUCUUGCCAUGCACAAUACAUUUCCAUUGAUGUGUGUGGUUUUGAGUUAGCAUUAGCAUUAUGUAUAGUCAUGGAAUCAUCUAUAUCGUCUUG